CACAUGCUAGAAGCAUGUCGACCCAGGAGAACACACAACACCAGCAGCUCUGGUCAUGGGUCUCUAAGUCCCAAAAGGACUUAGCAAAGUCCAUCCUUAUUGGGGUUCCAGGAGGGCCAGCGGGAUACCUGAGGCGGGCUAGCGUGGCACAGCUGACCCAGGAGCUGGGCACGGCAUUCUUCCAGCGGCAACAGUUGCCGGCUGCCAUGGCAGACACCUUUCUGGAGCACCUGUGCCUGCUGGACAUCGACUCUGAGCCUGUGGCCGCUCGCAGCACCAGCAUCAUUGCGACAAUCGGGCCCGCAUCGCGCUCGGUGGAGCGCCUCAAGGAGAUGAUCAAGGCCGGCAUGAACAUCGCGCGGCUCAACUUCUCCCAUGGCUCCCACGAGUACCACGCUCAGUCCAUCGCCAACGUCCGGGAGGCGGUGGAGAGCCUGGCCACCUCCCCGCUCAGCUACCGCCCGGUGGCCAUCGCUCUGGACACCAAGGGACCGGAGAUUCGCACCGGGGUCCUGCAGGGGGGCCCUGAGUCGGAAGUGGAGCUGGUGAAGGGCUCCUCGGUGCUGGUGACGGUGGACCCGGAGUUCCGAACGCGGGGGGACGCGAAGACCGUGUGGGUGGACUACCCUAAUAUCGUCCGGGUGGUGCCGGUGGGGGGCCACAUCUACAUCGACGACGGGCUCAUCUCCCUCGCGGUCAGGAAAAUCGGCUCCAGAGGGCUGGAGACUGAAGUGGAGAACGGAGGCACCCUAGGCAGCCGGAAGGGGGUGAACCUGCCAGGAGCCCUGGUAGAUCUUCCUGGGCUGUCUGAGCAAGAUGCCCGGGACCUUCAGUUCGGGGUGGAGCAUGGCGUUGACAUCAUCUUUGCGUCCUUUGUGCGGAAAGCCAGUGAUGUGGUUGCUGUCCGGUCUGCCCUGGGGCCUGAAGGUCAGGGCAUCAAGAUCAUUAGCAAAAUCGAAAACCACGAAGGUGUGAAGAGAUUUGAUGAAAUCCUGGAGGUGAGCGACGGCAUCAUGGUGGCCCGCGGGGACCUGGGCAUUGAGAUCCCAGCCGAGAAGGUCUUUCUGGCUCAGAAGAUGAUGAUCGGUCGUUGCAACUUGGCGGGCAAGCCCGUUGUCUGUGCCACACAGAUGCUGGAGAGCAUGAUCACCAAACCACGGCCCACUCGAGCAGAGACCAGCGACGUGGCCAACGCAGUGCUCGAUGGGGCGGACUGCAUCAUGCUCUCGGGUGAGACCGCCAAGGGCAGCUUUCCUGUGGAGGCUGUUCAGAUGCAGCACGCGAUCGCACGUGAGGCCGAGGCCGCUGUGUACCACCGGCAGCUGUUUGAGGAACUGCGCCGGGCAGCCCCGCUGAGCCGGGACCUCGCCGAGGUCACUGCCAUUGGUGCUGUGGAGGCUGCCUUCAAGUGCUGCGCCGCAGCCAUAAUUGUGCUGACCAAAACUGGCCGCUCCGCCCAGCUUCUGUCCCGGUACCGCCCCCGGGCGGCCGUCAUUGCCAUCACACGCUCCGCCCAGGCGGCCCGCCAGGCACACCUGUGUCGAGGAGUCUUCCCCUUGCUCUACCGUGAUCCUCCGGAGCCCGUGUGGGCGGACGACGUGGACCGCCGGGUGCAGUUCGGCAUUGACAGCGGAAAGCUGCGUGGCUUCCUUCACCCGGGAGACCUGGUGAUCGUGGUGACUGGCUGGCGGCCCGGCGCUGGCUACACCAACAUCAUGCGAGUACUGAAUGUGUCCUGAACUGCCCCAGCUGCCCCACCCACACUCCCCCUCAUCUGUCCCAGGUCAUGUGUCUCCUGCCCCUCCCCCGCAACAUCUGCUUCCUAGCCCCAUUUCAGGCUCCCCUCCCCUGCAAUGGCCCUAAAAGACUGUCCAGGGCCGAGCUGUCCACCUAGCCGUGCCAGCCAUAUUGCCCCUGUCCCCUCUGAUGCCUGCAGCUUUAAUCCCAGCUUCAGUGGCCCCGCAGCCGGGUACUGAGGAGAGAGAGAGGUACCACAUCCAGCCGCCACCCGGGCAUGACUGUAGGGCUCCUUCAGGCUGACUGUGGCCUCCUCCUCAUCUGGGCACUUCUGACAGCCAUGCCUCCUCAUGGUCUCAGUCCAGACAAGGCUUCCGCUUUGGGACUUCAGAGCCCUGUGCUUGUGCCUGACGGCUGAGGGGACAGUAAUGCUGUGAGUGCCGGGAGAGGCAGAUGGUCUCAUCUUGCUGCUGGCUGCA